AUGUACGCCUCCACCAUCCUCAGUAUCGUCAGCCUCGUCGCCACCUUCGGCGUCGCCCACGCCGCGCCCAUCGCCGAGCCCUACGGCGGCUUCGGCCUGAACGGUGGCGGACGCAACUGUUACCAGCCGCAGCCAUACUACCGGCAGGAGCGGUACUGCCCGCGCCCCUACUGCUGCAACUCGUCGAAGCCGUACUACAACAACCAGCACCCGGUGCUCGGUAACCGGCACGAGCACUACCACUGCGAGAGCCCUUCGUGCAGCUGCGCCCCCGGCGACUACCACCCGUCCUUCACCGUCAUCGCUGAGAACGAGUUCAAGCCCUACUACGACUGCAAGGAUGACUGCCGCUCCCAGGGUUAUGGGUGCCGCAACUUCAGGCCGUGCUCCUUCGGACAGUACGGCUGCCAGGAUGACUGCGACUUCGCAGACUUUUUGAAUGAUUGCGACUGCGAGUGCGAGUGCCAGGGCUUCUCGAAGCGCGCCGUCGCCGCCGCCGAGGAGGAGAAGAAGGAGGAGUAG